AUGUGCUCCGUGAAGUGGAUACGAUUGUUCGUGAUGCUAGCGGCAUGCUGGGCGCAAGAGGGCGAGUGGAGCGAGGAUGCUGAAGAUUUAGUAUCGACUGUCGAUGUGGAUGCAGUGUUGGGACGUACGGCGUCCCUACCUUGUGACGUCACGCCCGACACAAACGAGGAACGCGUAUAUAUGGUGCUGUGGUUCAGAGCAGGAAAGAGUACGGGAGGAAAACCAAUAUACAGUUUUGACGUCCGUGGGCGGGCGUUCAACAAGGCUCUGCAGUGGUCUGACCCGAAUGUGUUUGGUCCGCGUGCGUACUUCGCUACCGUCGCCAGUCCUGCCUCCCUGACUCUUGACACGGUUCAACUCGACGACGAAGGCGUAUAUCGUUGUAGAGUCGAUUUCAAGAACUCUCCAACCAGAAAUUUUCAAAUACGAUUGUCUGUAAUUGUACCACCGCACCAGCUAAUAUUAUACGACAAGUCAGGGCGCGAUGUUUCCGGAGUAGUGGGCCCUCUAGAGGAGGGUAACGAGCUCGUCCUGGUUUGUGAGGUCAGGGGAGGUCGCCCAGCUCCAACUGUAAUAUGGCUAAUCGAUGGUACACCAGCACCUCAGUACAUAGGAGAGAAGACGGACACACAUGUAGUCGUCAACAAGUUGGAACUACCUCACGUGAAGAGAAGCCACUUGAACACAACCUUCAAAUGCCGAGCAUCGAACACGAACCUUGUUAGCCCCCAAGAAAAAACUGUCAGACUGGAAAUGAAUCUGAAACCGACGUUAGUCCAGAUACAGAACAAGCCCGUGACGUUAUCUUCUGAGCGGUACGUCAGCUUAUCGUGCGUGUCAGAGGGGAGUCGCCCCCCGGCGCAGCUGACCUGGUUCAAGGACAAUAGAAAAUUUAAGAGGGGAAAAAUAGUAGAUGCAAUGAACGACACGUGGGUGAGCAGUACCUUGCAAUUUACGCCGAUGCCUGAGGACGACGGCGUGCAAAUUAAAUGCCAAGCGGACAACAACGCUUUGCCUGGACAGAGCAUUGAGGAUUCCUUCAAACUGAAUGUUGUCUAUCCUCCUGUAGUAUCUCUAUCAUUGGGCAGUACUCUCAACCCUCUUGAUAUCAAGGAAGGUGACGACGUCUACUUUGAGUGUUCCGUGCGCGCAAAUCCGAAGGAACAUCGUAUAACGUGGUAUCAUAAUGACAAGCCAGUGUUACACAACGUGGUAUCCGGUGUCAUCGUGAGCACGAAGUCACUCGUGCUACAGAAGGUGACGAGAGAACACAGCGGGGAUUACUCCUGUCGUGCCAACAACGCCCUCGGGGAAACAGCCAGCCAAGCCACACAUCUGAGCAUACAAUUUGCACCGGUAUGUAUGCAUUCGACGCCUCAAGUUUUGGGAGCGCAGAUAGACGAAACUCUGCGUGUGAGAUGUUCUGUGACAGCAAACCCUCCUGAUGUCACGUUCUUCUGGCAGUUUAACAAUAGCGGCGAAAGUCUGGACGUAUCACCCACAAAAUUUGGUACAGCUAACGGCAGCACAAGCGAGUUAAGCUACAAGCCUCAAAGCGACCGAGACUACGGAGCGUUAAGCUGUCGAGGUACGAACAGCGUCGGCAGACAAUUGGAGCCUUGCGUCUUUCAAGUUGUUCCAGCUUCCCGCCCGGCACCACCUCGCAACUGUUCCCUACAAGCGGGCAGCAACAGUAGUGAAGGCGUCAGUUGGUUGGUCGUGCGCUGCGUCUCCGGCUACGAUGGUGGUUUGCCGCAAACAUUUGUGCUCGAAGCGUUAGAUCCUAUCACGAGCAAAAUUAAAUUUAAUAGCAGUGUUAAUGAAACAGAUGGUUUAGCCACCUUUAAAUUAGACCUCUCCCAACUAUCAACUGGAGAUGUAGAGGGCGCCACGUUUAAUCUACUUAUCUAUGCAAAAAAUCUCAAGGGAGAUUCGGAGAAAACUCUUCUAGAAAAUAUUGCUUUCAACGACGCUGCUAGGAGAACGGACGGUAAAAGUGCAAUGGGUGGAGUAACACUUGGCGUAGUAGUGGCUGCUAUACUAGGAGCAGCACUGGCUAUAGGAGGAAUAGCGUUUGCAGCGCUAUGCGCCCGAAGAAAAAGAGCACAUCCACCUCAUAAGCAUCCUCCAGGAGAUAUGCUAGAAUUAAGCGACGGAUGUCGAAGAUACGUUGUGGCGUAUACUAUAAAACCUUCUCCAGAACAGAAAACGCCAGAUCCACAACCAGAUAUAUUAAAUGCACCAGAUGGUGAAAGUCAGAAAGGACCUCCUGCGGCUCUCGAAUCGGAUGAGUGGCCGAGUAUAAAGGAAGCCAGAGGUGAUUGGAGUAAAAAUGGAGCAGUUUUUUCAGCAGAGGAUCUUGCGCUACUGGAUUCAACUGGACGACCUCAACAGUUAACUCCUGGAGACUUGGCCAGCAAUAGGCAAGAAGAUGCUAUCAACCAAAACUUGUCCCAGCCAAUAUUAACGAGUAACUUUAGACCGAACUUCGUAGUGACUAAUAGUCCAACUUUAGGAAGUCCUAACUUUGUCUGUCCUAAUGGUAAUGUGGGGUCUCCAUUCGGUAGUCAGACCUUAGCUCUUAGCGGACCAACUUUAAGUUCUGGCAGCUUAGCUACGUCCACGUUGCACAGAACUAAAGGUAAAGGCAACGUGCGAAGAAGAGAACAUGUUCUAGCAGAAAACUUACCUGGUCCCGAGAGUUGUGUGUAA